CCUUUGUUGUUAGUUGAAGUUAAGCAAUAUUACUUUUAUUCUGAAAUACGGUGCACUGCGUUUACAAGGAUGACUUAUGCGGGACGCUGGACUGCUGAUGUUUGACUGAUGCAAUUUAUUGACGGUUUGCCAGAUUGCGGGUUCCUCGGCAUGUCUUCGUUAGUGUCCUAUGAGGAUUCAGAGUCAGAAGAUGAAUCCGUGGAUCGCGUGACACUGGAGUCAUCAGCUUCUGUCCAAACCCAGGGUUCACCUCAACAUGAAACACACGUGCCUUGCAGACACUCUGGCCCUGAACAGACAUUGUUGGAAUUCAAUGAAAGUGUUUCAGAGCAUCAACGCCGCUGCUUUAACAGGAAGUGGAACAGAAUAGCACCAGAUAAGCAGUCUACACCUCAGAGCUUACCUGUAACUCUCCCUCAGAUGCCACAAAGACUUAGUGAUGGGUGGAACCCAUCUAAAAGACAUCACGCUGUCCCAGCCGGUGUCAGACCCUACAUUCCCAAGAGACAGCGACAGGCCACUCCGGUGGAGACAGUGGACCCGCAGCCUCCGCUAGAGCAGGUCUCAGGAAAUAAGACCCAGGAGAGGCAAAUUCUCUCAGAUGCAUCCGAGGCAGUGAAGCCGUAUCUUGGUCACAAGCCCGGUGCAGCAGGGAUUCCAAGGAGGCUUCAGAUGAGCCUGGGGGGCCACCAGGGCCCGGUCAACACGGUGCAGUGGUGCCCAGUGCCUCAUCUUAGCCAUCUGCUGCUGUCCGCCUCCAUGGACAAGACAUUCAAGGUGUGGGACGGAGCCGAGAGCGGGCGCUGCCUCCGGGUUUACACCUGCCAUUCGGGAGCCGUGCGCGACGCCUGUUGGACCCCCUGCGGGCGACACCUCCUCACCGGCUCAUUUGACGACACGGCUGCGAUAACAGAUGUAGAGACGGGGCAGCAGAUCGUCAAACUGGACAACCAGUUCAAGGUGAUGUGCGCCGUCCUGCAUCCCAGCCACCCAGACGUCUUCCUGUGCGGAGGCCACAGUUCAGCGGUCAAAGCCUGGGACUCUCGAAGCUGCAAGGUGGUGAAAGUGUACAAGGCAGGCGUCCAGCAGACCCUGGACAUCCUGUUCCUCAGAGGUGCCGUGGACUUCAUAGCCAGCUCCGACUGCGUGAGCAGAGACUCGGCCGACCGCACCCUCAUAGCCUGGGACUACGAGACCACGGCCAAGGUCUCCAACCAGAUCUACCACGAGCGAUACACGUGCCCCAGCCUGGCCCUGCAUCCGCUGGAGGACUGCUUUGUUGCCCAGACCAAUGGGAACUACAUGGCCGUGUUCUCCUCCCAGCAGCCCUAUAGGAUGAACAAGAGGCGGCGAUACGAAGGACACAAGGUGGAGGGCUACGCGGUGCAGUGCGAGUUCUCUCGGGACGGUGCCGUGCUGGCGUCGGGCAGCUCCACGGGCUCCGCCCACUUCUACGACUACCACAGCGGCCACGUGCUGCACACGCUCCGCGCCCACAGCCAGCCCUGCCUGUGCGUGUGUCAGCACCCCGUCCUGCCUGCCACCGCGGCGACCUGCGACUGGGCUGGAGAGGUCAAGGUCUGGCACUGAGGACUCAACAUGAGGUGGUGUCAGACACACAGUCUCAUUCAGUCCACUUGAAAUCAGCGAUGGAGAGUUUCUUUACAGCUUUUGGUAGGAACAGUGGUGGGUGAGGGGGGGCUCCACAUACGCAUUCACGUCUGUCUGUUCCGUGUGUAGUCACGUUUCUGUUCAACUCGGGAGUUCAUCAACAUCAUGCUUUGCAAGUUUUUGACAAAACAAAUAAAAGCACCUCCUAAUCAGCA